AUGCAUCCAAGCAAGCCUUCUCCAGCUGUGAACACUCCGAUCACCUCGGAGGAGUCGAUCGUAAUCAGUGGUAUCGCGGGAAAGUAUCCUCGCUCGGACAGUGUGGCCCAUUUCGCGGAUAAUUUGUAUAACAAGGUGGAUUUGGUCGACGACAAGGAGGAUCGCUGGAGACAUCUGUACGCCGGAAUCCCGAAGCGGCUUGGGAAGAUCAACAACUUGGGCAAGUUCGAUGCGGAGUUCUUCAGCAGUGGCUUCCAGGAAACGCAUACCAUGGAUCCGCAGCAGCGCCUACUGUUGGAAAACUGUUACGAGGCUGUGCUGGAUGCUGGGCUGCAUCCAGACGACAUCCGUGGGUCCCGCACGGGUGUAUUCGUCGGUGUGUCUAUCGCUGAGACGGAAAUCUACUGGACGUACAAGAAAACGAAAUCUCCGUAUAACAAGUCGAUUUUGGGGUCUGCGAGAAGCAUGUUGGCAUCGAAGAUAGCCUACGCUCUUGAUCUUAAAGGACCGAACAUGGCGGUGGAUACCGCAUGCAGCAGCUCGAUGUACGCCCUCGAUUGGGCCUGUAAGUCGAUUCGGCAGGGUCAAUGUGAUGCUGCCCUCGUGGCCGGAACCAAUCUGACACUCCAUCCGUACAUCACGCUGCAGUUUGCGCUGCUGGGAGUGUUGGCCGCUGAUGGAUUCUGUAGGCCGUUCGAUAAGAAUGCCUCGGGGUACUCGCGCUCUGAGGCGAAUGCGGUUAUUCUGCUCCAGAAGGCCAAGGACUCGAAGCGUAUCUAUGCGCACGUUGUCAACACGAAAACCAACUGCGACGGAUACAAGCUCGAGGGCAUUACGUUCCCUUCAAAUAAGAUCCAGAAGCAACUACUGGAUGAGCUGUAUUCGGAGGUGCCUUAUGACCCUAAGGACGUCAGCUACGUGGAGGCUCACAGCACUGGAACGGUCGUGGGUGAUCCGGAGGAAUGCGACGCAAUCGACAAGGUGUUCUGCCCUGGGAGGACGGAACCGCUUCUCGUUGGGUCGGUGAAAUCGAACAUUGGCCACUCGGAAGCAGCCGCUGGCAUUUGCUCCGUAACGAAGUGCAUCAUUGCGAUGCACAACAGGCUGAUUCCGCCGAACAUUAACUACACCGAACCCCGCACGGAUGUGCCAUCGUUGCUGAACGGAAAUCUAAAGGUGGUAGAUAAUGUCAUCCCUCUCGGAGGGCCUCUGGUAGCGGUCAAUUCGUUUGGAUUCGGUGGCGCGAACGCGCACGCCCUUCUGCACAACUGCACCAAGGAAAAAGUUAACGGUGGCUACCCGAUCGAUGGUCUCCCCCGGUUGGUCGUCUGGAGUGGUCGAACACCGGAAGCUGUCGACCAUUUCCUGAAAAGCUUCAUCGGCCAACGCUACGAUGCUGAAUUCUGCGCCUUAGCGCACAACAUCCAACGAAAGGGAAUUCCACGGAUGAACACCAAAAGUUACGCCAUUUUCGGUGGUCGUGAUGAUGGUACGGCCGAACUUCUUCGUAAGGCAGUACCGUUUAGCAUCCCGAAAAAGUACACCGUUCCUACGUUGACCCUCAUUUUUGGACACAUCGAUAGGAACUGGGAGUGUACGGCGAGUGCGUUUGAAAAAUUUCCCACAUUUUCCAGCUGCGUCACUGAGUGUCUGAAGGCAAUUCGGGAGUGUGGUUUCGAUGCAUUCGAUCAAAGCAAACAGACGAAUGAUCCGAUUCAGCAAAUCCUGUGGACGUUCAUUACCCAGAUAGGUGUGUACCGGAUGCUGAAGGAGAUGGGCAUACCUAUCGCCCAGUAUGGAGGAUACUCGGUGGGACAAAUAACUUGCGCUUACAUCGACAACGCACUCUCGCUGCACGAUGCCAUGCGAGUCGCCUAUGCCCAGGGAUAUAUCAUGCGCGCGCAUCAGGUAGAGCACAACGUCGACUAUGGUAACGUUUCGAGCAACACACUGCUCAACUCCAAGCUAGCUAAGGUACUGAAACCGCUGCGGGUGCGUGAACCAACAUCCAGAUGGAUUAAUGCAAGCCAACUUCAAUCAUUCGGGAUUUACGAUCGUACGAUGGAGACGAAGCUGUACGAAACAAUAACCGCUAGUGAGUUUACCAUACUUGAGCCCCUGAAGGGAAGCUUCACCAAACCAAUCGAAGCGAUCAACAGUUUCCUUGCAUCACUUGGCGAAGCCUUUAUUCAGGGUCAUCACUUCAAUCUGCUUAAGCUCUACCCAUCGAUUCAGUUCCCUGUAUCGCAAGGCACCUCGAUGAUAUCACCAAACCUUCGAUGGGAUCAUAAUGCUGAUUGGCACGUAACCAACUUCAGAACAACACGCAUGGUUGACCAGAGCACGACCGAGUACACCAUAACGCUCUCCGAGCAGGACUACAUGGCCGGUCAUUGUAUCGACGGAAGGAUCCUCAUACCAGCGACGGGAUACCUGUUUUACGUGUGGGACUCUUUCUCCGGGAAAAUGGGCAUCAUUCCAGAGGAGAUGCCGGUCGAGUUUAGUGACAUCGAAUUUCUACGAGCGACGACACUCACCGCAGACCAGGCAGUAACCCUGACAAUCGAUUUGAACGAUGUCACGGGUUUCUUUGAGGUCCGGGAAGGUACCGCCCUGGUGGUAACGGGACGCAUCCAGGUCCUUAGGGAUUAUACCCCGCAGGUGAUCGAACGACGCAUAACGGACGCAACAAUUUUACCGUCGAAAGAUUUCUACAAGGAGCUUCGUCUGCGAGGAUACCACUACGGAGGCUUCUUCCGUUCGGUUGUUGAGGCGGCUUGCGAUGGUUCCUAUGCUAAGAUCGAAUGGAAGUACAACUGGACUGCACUACUGGACUGCAUGUUGCAAGUAGCGAUCAUCGCGAUGGAUUCUCGCUCAUUAGCCAUUCCGACCCGUAUCGAUUCGUUGAAAAUCGAUCCUAUUCAGCACAAGGCCGCAGAUCAGAGCAAUGAAAACGAGGUGCCAAAAUACGUUACUUCGUUUGAUCGCGAGCUGAACUUACUCCAAUGUGGAGCUAUCGAGAUUCGAGGACUCAACGCAAGUACCAUCGCUCGUCGUCUUCCGCCCGGUGUGCCUGUCCUGGAAAGCUACCGUUUCCUGCCGUACUAUCCUCAACAAGUACUACAACCGGCGGAUGUGGCAUCGAUCAUCGUACAAACGAUUCUCGAGAAUCAAGCUACGAUCUUUUUCAAUGUCACCGAAAUUCAUUCCCCAACAAGAGCUCCCAUCAUUUCGCUCUUUGGUGAUGCAAUCGGCGAUCUUCCGCUUGUGAAAGCACAUCUUACACUGAUCUCCAAUGAUAAGCCUGAGCCCAUACCAAACGUGAUUGUCUCCGAGGACAAACUCAUGAAACAACGUAACGUGUUGUUGCUCAUUUGUGAGAACCUAUUCACCGACGAUGAGUUUAUCUCCGAUGCCAUCAACUGUCUGUCUGAUCAAGGAUUUAUUCUCCUGCGGGAGUCACAAGGCUAUACCCUCACAGAAGGCCAUCGUCGGCUCCAACUGGUAAGCACGUUCUCCGUUGAGAAUGAAAAGUUCCUUCUCUACCAGCAGAAGAAGUCUUCCUUGAGUUCAACUGUAGAUGCUCACGUCAUCAAGAUAUCCAGUAACGAUUCUACCCUUUCUUGGUUAUUGGAACUUAAAAAUGAAGUCAAAACAAAGCCAGUCAUUCUGUAUGCACAAAACGAUCCAACCUCAGGCAUUAUUGGAUUGGUCAACUGCAUCCGGAAGGAGCCCAACAUUCAAAACGUCACCUGUUUCUUCAUCGAUGAUUCGUCUGCACCACCUUUCGAUCCCACGCAUCCAUUCUACAAGGACCAAGUGGAGUUGGGACUUGCUAUUAAUGUGUAUCGUAAUGGCCAAUGGGGUCUCUAUCGCCACUUCAAGUUGCACGAACAACGGUAUAACGAAUCUGUGACGAAACAUUGCUACGCGAAUUGUAUCAAACCAGGAGAUCUUUCCUCUUUCACCUGGAUGGAAGGGCCACUAACCGAGCGGCCACCAACAAAUCCUAUCAUCAAAGUAGUGUACAGCUCCUUGAACUUUAAGGAUGUUAUGCUCGCUACCGGUCGUUUGACGGUGGAAACAUUCUGUACCGAUCGGUUGGCUCUAGAAUGUGUGCUUGGGUUGGAAUUCUCCGGUGUUACAGCCACCGGGAAACGAGUCAUGGGCAUUGUGCCUGCCGGUUCGAUGGCUACAGUCAUUGAAGCCGAUCCGCUCUUUCUUCUUGAUGUACCGGAUGAGUACACCUUGGAGCAAGCGGCCUCCAUACCCACCGUAUACGCCACCGUCUACGGUGCAUUUUUUGUCUGUGCAGACAUUCGAAAAGGCAAAUCCAUUCUCAUCCAUGCCGGAACAGGGGGUAUCGGUCUCGCGGCCAUUCGAGUGGCCCUAGCUUACGGUCUAGAAGUAUUUACAACCGUAAGCACUAAAGAGAAACGAGAGUUCCUGUUGAGCUAUUUCCCCGACCUGAAUUCGAACAACAUUGGAAACUCCAGAGAUACCACCUUCGAGAGACUCGUCAAAGAACGUACAAACGGCCGAGGUGUUGACUUCGUACUCAACUCACUGUCCGAGGAGAAACUCCAGUCAUCCAUACGCUGCCUUGCCAAGGGUGGACACUUUCUGGAGAUAGGAAAAUACGACAUGAUGAAGGAUUCCAAGCUUGCAAUGUCUCUGUUCCAGAAAGGCCUUUCAUUCACGGCCGUCCUCUUGGAUCUUAUGUUCGUAGACCGUCGGGAUCUCAUGAAGGAAGUAUACAAAACGCUUACCGUCGAUAUGGCGAAAGGCAUCAUUAAACCGCUUCCUACGACCGUCUUCCAAGCGCAUGAGAUCGAGCAAGCUUUCCGUUACUUAGCAACCGCUAAGCACAUUGGUAAAGUAGUGCUCAAGAUCCGAGACAACGAAGAUGAUGUCGCCUCGGUUCCUAUCUCGUACCUUCCACGAGUCUACUGCAGUCCCGAGCAAAGCAUGGUCAUAGCUGGAGGUUUGGGUGGAUUCGGCCUCGAGCUAGCCGAUUGGCUGAUUAUUCGUGGUUGCCGGAAGGUGCUCCUCAGCUCUAGCAGAGGUAUCACAAAGCCUUAUCAACAAUACCGUAUCAACAUGUGGAAGAGUUACGGAGUCCAGGUGCGCAUUUCUACGGAGGAUAUUUCCACCGAAAACGGUUGCCGUCGACUGUUGCUACAAGCCAAUGAGAUGGGACCCGUGGCCGGAAUCUUCAAUCUGGCCGUCCAACUCAGAGACGCCAUCAUGGAAAACCAAUCAAUGGAUAAGUUCGCCGAAUGUCUUGCUCCAAAAGCCACCGCUACCCAACAUUUCGAUGUAAUAAGCCAGGAGCUUUGUCCCAUGCUGAAAUAUUUUGUCGUUUUCUCCAGCGUAUCAUGUGGCAGAGGCAAUGCCGGCCAAUCCAACUAUGGUAUGGCUAACUCCGUUAUGGAGCGUAUCAUAGAACGUCGAACUUCCGAAGGAUUACCGGGCAAGGCCAUUCAAUGGGGAGCCAUCGGAGAGGUUGGUAUCGUUGCGGACAUGCAGGAGGAUAAACUCGACAUGGAGAUCGGAGGUACGCUGCAACAAAGACUUACCUCCUGUAUCCAGGUGCUUGAUCAGUUGCUUACGACGGACGAUCCUAUCGUGUCCAGCAUGGUCGUGGCUGAAAAGCGCAGCUCCAGUGGUGGUGCUAAGAACAUUGUCGAAGCCGUCAUGAACAUCAUGAACAUUCGCGACAUGAAAUCCGUGUCCAUUGAGAGUACUCUCGCCGACAUCGGCAUGGAUUCACUUAUGGCCGUCGAGAUUAGACAAGUGCUGGAGCGUGAUUUUGACAUUCUUUUAACCCCCCAAGAUCUUCGCACUCUCACUUUCUCCAAGCUGCAAAAGCUGGCCGACGCCAAGGCAGAAAACGAGGCGGCCGAAGUUGUCAACAACCAGCUCCAGCUGGAAGACUUGUUGGCCAGCUUCGGUGACGAAGCCGAUAGCCACCAUACCGUGCUGCGACUGCCUUCAAAGUCAGACGAUCUCCAGUAUGAGCGGGCCGUUCUUAUCAUCCCUGGCAUUGAGAGUGUUUGCAGCCCACCGUGGCUGAAGAUUGCUUCCGAUAUCAAUGCCCCAACUUUCAUGUUACAAUCCUUUGCCAACUCUGCCGAUGAACAAACGGUUCCUGGCAUCGUAGACUCCGUGUUUGAUGAAAUGUUCCAAACUGUCUUUGCGAAAUGCGAACAGUUUCUGGUCAUCGGAUACUCGUUCGGAUCCCUACUGGCCCUGGAUAUCGUAAAGCGCCUGGAAGCUCGGUCCCUGCGAGGGAAGCUAAUGCUUAUCGAUGGCUCUCCACUGUACCUGCAGCGUUUGGCCAGUAAUCACCUUUCGGGCAUUGACGAUGAACAUUUGCAAACGACCGUUCUGACAUUGGUGCUCUCGUUUGCUCUCCCCACCGUUACCACUGACGUUAUCAAAAUAAUCAUGGAUGGAGCCACGUACGAAGAUCGCGUUAAUAAAAUGCUGGAGAUGGGUCGCGACGCAAAUCCGUUCUCGGAAGACUAUAUCCGCAAGAUGAUGCGCGUGCUGUUCUACCGGAUGAAGGCCGCCAUGAACAUGAGUACCGAAGUGAAGGAAAAACUAUCGUCCCCACUGGUACUGGUGCGCUCAGGGAUGAUAACCGACAUUGAAGAAGAUUAUGGGCUGAGCGAGUUCACUAAAUCCUCGUUUAUUCUAAAAGUGAUCGAUGGUACUCAUCAAACCAUGCUGGCCAACUCGGAGCUGAUUGAAAUCAUCAAUAAGGAUACACUUUAACUG